AUGUGAUGGCUGGACAGCAGCCGGAGUCGGGCCGAUGUGGAAGCAGGAGUCAAACAAGCUUCUCGGUUUGUGGGCGUCGGUAUCAAUCUGAGUGAGCGUCUGAGGAUGUGAAAUCAGAGGUGCUGCAGAGAAGAUUAGUCGCCCACGGAGCAGCGCCAUGGCCGUCCUCCAGCUGCUCUUCCUGCUGUUGAUCAGCUGUCCCGCCACGCUCGCGCGUCCACGCCGACACCUCCCUCCAUGCCAAGUGGUCCAGAUGGAUGUGCUCUGCAGCGAUUUGAGCCUCAAAAGCGCACCAGCCAACCUUCCACGGGAUGUCCAAAUGCUGGACCUUUCUCGGAACCAGGUUCAAAACCUCACACAGGAAACUUUAGGCUUCCACACCGACUUCCAUCAGCUGAACCUUCAUUCCAACAAAAUUCACUUCAUCCAGCCAGGUCUCUUCAAAGAUAUGAAGGCUCUGAGGGUUUUGGACCUCUCCAAGAAUCAUUUAAAUGUUUUUGCACAGUCCAAAACAAACGUUGGACCUCUUACAGGCGUGGAAUCACUGGACCUUUCAAGCAACGGGCUGUACACGGGCAUGUCGGACUACUUUUUGGCUGAAUCUCCAUCCCUGUCAAACCUUUCUUUGAACAGCAACAGCAUCACAAAAAUAGAGCAGAGCACCUUCAGCAGAGCUUUGUCCUUGAGGAAAAUCAACCUCCGCAAUAACGUCAUCAUGGAGAUCGAAGACGGGGCGUUUGACCCUUUAGAUCACCUGGCUGAGCUCGAUUUGUCCAAGAAUUCAAUCACAUGCAUUAUCGACUUCAAUCUUCACAACUUGGAAAUUCUCAAUUUCAGCAAGAACAGCAUUGAAUUCUUUCAAAGUGCGCAGACAAACAAUUCAUUUAAACUUCGCUCUUUUGAUCUGAGUGAAAACCAAAUGCUUCACUUCCCUCUUCUCCCAGAAAAUAAUGUUCUUGAAUUUUUGGACAUGUCCCGAAACAACCUUUACAAUGUCACCAACACGGGAAGUGCAGGAAUCCAGAGAGACUUGGUCUUUAAUCAUCUGAGAUCCUUGGACAUGAGUUAUAACAAACUCAUCAAUUUACCAGAGAGUCUUUUUAACCAUAUGGGAUCACUUGAGGUCCUGAAUGUGAGCAAUAACUGUAUCAGCAUGUUUUCUGUCACCUCCACAGACAUUUUAGAGAGAGUGAAGAUUAUUAACCUCAGCCAUAACUCACUGCAGAGUCUAACGUUUGGAGAGAAUGCUCUUCCGUCUCUUAAAAAGCUCCUCUUACAAGGAAAUUACCUCACAAAUCUGGAUCAGCAAAUAUUUCAAAGACUACCAAACAUCAGAUACCUGCAGCUCCAACAAAAUAAUGUGAAGAUCUGUAGCUCUCAGCAGAACCAGCACGAACCGCCACUAAUGGACCAAAACAAGGAAUCUCCUGGUUGUGUUUCCUUUUCUUCUGUUCCCAACCUGCACUUCCUGUUUCUUUGUGAAAAUAACCUGAGGAGCCUUCCUGCUCAUGCAUUUGUGAACACCCCGCUGAAGUUGCUAGAUUUGUCUCUAAAUGCAGGACUAGACAUUGACAAAGACUCUCUCUCUGGUCUGGAACACUCCCUGGUCCACCUCCUCCUUAGGGAAAAUUACAUUUCAAGCCUGAACACUGACCUGUCCUCACUGAAGAGUCUCAAACAUGUUGACCUAUCCACCAACCAGUUGACGACUCUGCCAACGUGGAACAAAGAGUCUUCCAUUGAGUCCUUGAACCUGCAGAACAACAACCUGGUAACCCUGGACCACUCCACUAUCCUCGCCUUGGAACGCUCAUUAAAGACCCUGUACAUGGGCUCCAACCCGCUGAGCUGCUGCGACAACCUGGGUUUCCUCCACAUGGUGCAGAACUCCGCAGUCGUCGUUCCUGACAUCGAGAGAGUGACUUGUGUCCACAGGGAUCAUUCAGAGCCAGUCAACAUUGAGAAGGUGACCAAGGAAAUGUGUCACCAGCCAGACAUACCCAACUACACGGUGGUUGUUGUGAUGUUAUCUUUAGUUCUGCUCAUUUUGUUGGGAAUGCUGGUUAGAUGUUACUGUUUAAGGAAAAGAAAACGCAACAGAGGCUUUCAUGCUUAAAGCGAAGGAAAACUACAAAUUUAAGGACUCAACUGUACGCAUGUCAGUCCGAGGGGACCUGUUGGAGGAUCUAAAUGUGAAUGUGCUGUCUGGUGCCUCUGAUCACGGGUUUCCACUACAAUAAGAUCGGCGGGGACGUGUCAGUCAAACAAACUCAGCAACGUUUAUGGAUAACAAGUUAAAAACUAACAAAACCAGCAGUUUUGAGUGACAGAAAAUUAUCAUUAACAUAGAAGUGUGGACUUUCUGACUGGACUUUUACGUGUCACUUUCAUUCAACAUUUGAAAGCCUAAUUUAGGGAAAUGCAGCUUUCAAUCCUCACAGUGUCCUGAAACAAUACACGGUGGAUUUGAAAGGAAGUUUCACUUUUUUGUUUUGUGCUUUUCUCAACGCCUCGUGAUCUUCAGAGACCCGAAGAAAAGGACAAACCUGUGGCUGUCACCUUCCCCACAAACUGCAAAGACGUGUGACAGAAGUGUGCUUGAGUGAAAGGAAACAUGAACUAGCAGUGUUAAACGUGUCCCCGACACCAGGUUAUUGAAUGUACAAAGGACCAACACUAAAACGCUUUCAGCAGAUGGUAGCAUCAACAGAGAAGAUUAUUUUGUACUGUAGACAGAAACUGAUACCAGUCAAACUGCUUAAAAUGCAGCAUCAGGCGUUGAAAGGUUAGCAUAAAGACUGAAAACAACAUAAUAAGCCAAGAACAUGUUAAGUAGGAAACCUUUGAAGGUGCUGGUUGAUUAACCGGUUGGGCCAACAUCCUUACUUCAUAAUACAUGGAAAAUAAUUCCUACGAUUCAAGAAUCCGAUCAUUGACAUCUUUGGUUUAGAAUAUUCCCACAAUCCCAAAUUCUUAAGCCUCAAAUAACUUGAAAUCCAAGGAUACCACCUUCUCUGAAUCUUGUGUUUCCAGUGCAAAUGUUCCCCUAGAUCAAAAAUUUGAGGUUGUUGAAUGCCCACAAACCAUUAAAUAUCUUUUACCAGGACGGUUCAUUUAUGCAAGUAGAAUCUUUAAGUCCCAGAAUGGCAUUUUCCAAGGAUUGUCCCUAAAUAUGACCCUUUUAAAAGUUAUUUAUUGUCUCAAAAAAUUAGUAAAACACAAUAUAAAUAAUGUUUAAUUUUUUUUGUGCAACAACAUGGGAAUCUGGAAACACAAGAUCUAGUCUAGAGCAGAAGAAAUCCUCGGUUUUUAGUCUUUAUGCUUUGGUGAACCCAGUUCCUUAUAAAUCAGACUGGCAUCCUUCUUUCUUUGGAGAGUCAUUAAUAAAACAAAUUACCUUUUAGGGUUGAGUUGUUGAAACAAGAGGAGCAGACUAAAGGAACUUGGUCAUGUCUCUAAUGAAAUAAUUAAUAUAGCUGAAAAUGAAGAUAACACUAUUAAGGUUUGUGAAGGAAAAUGCUCUAUUUAUAAAACGUGGUUAAGUGAAGUUGUUUCAAUUUAUUAUUUGCACUUUAAACUUGUGUUUGUGUAUUUCUGUCCUGUUUUGUGUGACUAUUGACACUAAGAGCUAAUAUUUUUAGUAUUCCAUGCAAAAGAUAUGUAAAUGUAAUUUAUUUUGUUAUAUUGUUCCUGUUUAUCCCAGAUCUGAGGUGCUGUUCCUAUUAAUCUGACAUGAAAAUGUCAAAGUGCCAUUUUGGAUUAUUUUCUGGGGCAAAGCUCCAACAUACAUAACUGUGACAUUGUGUAAGUCAUGCAUCAUGAAUAUAUUUUAAUAAACUCAAAUACAGUAAACAAUAAA